UUCAUGACCUUAAAAUCGUAUCAAUCCCUAAAUUUCAAAGAGUGAUUUUUAUUUCUUUUGCAUUGUAAUGUUUUUUGAAAUUUGUAUACAUAAACCCAUGAUUUUCAAUUCUUUGCUGCUAUCCAAUAAAAAAUCUGUAACAACCUUAACUUGAAAUUAAACAAUCAAGCAUUACAGAGUUGGGAUUUGAUUCUAAGAAUUUGUGGAGGCACUAUUUUGGAUGAGCAGUACUUGUGCACAAGUUGCACCAAUGGAAACAUUGCGGGGAGCUCAAUUCACAAUGAGCGACGGCACCACCCUAGUAACGGAGGUGGUUUUCGACGAGGAAUCGCAUCUUUGCCUGUAUCUAUUAUUACAAGACAUGAUCAAAGUUAGUGACAUGGUUGUUGGAUUCGAAAUGGAAUGGGGGUUUAAAGGACGUUCUUAUAGUAGAUCAGGAAGUAAUUCAGGAAAAUUCAGUGAAAUUUGCCUUCCAUCGGAUAAAUUCGAGCAUUCCCAAAAGAAAAUUGAACACCACAUUGCAUUACUGACAUUAUGUACUAGACUUGGUUGUGUGCUUAUUAGGCUAAGCCCUAAUUCCAUUUCUGCUUCUUUAAUGAGAUUUCUUGCUAUUAAGGAUAUUAUAUUUGCUGGGGUUCAUAUUAAAGAAGAUGUUGAAAAGCUAAAAGAGGCUUAUGGGAUUGUGAUUAGAAAUGCUGUUGAACUAAGUGAUUUGGCUGCUAAGAUUUAUGAUAAUCCUAGGUUUGUGUUUUAUAGUUCUAGGGAUUUGGCUACUAAAAUUGUUUCAAUCAAAUUUGGGCCAAAGCCAUAUGUCGUUUUAUGGUCUAAUUGGUUUGACCAUAAUCUUAGCACAGAACAAGUUGAGUGUGCAGCUGUUGAUGCAUAUUGUAGUUAUAAAAUUGGGAAAAAGCUCAUGGAAAGUGGUAAUGCUAGUUUCAAGAGAUUGUUCUCUUGAUUUUUUUUUUCCAAUGUUUUUAAAUUAUUAUUAUUAUUAUUAUUAUUAUUAUGAGCGGAUUGCUUUAUAAGUUGAAUUAUAAACUUUAUAUUUCUUAACUUG